CUGAUCUUCCUCUCAUCUAAACACAACAAACAAUUAAUGGAUAUCUCCUUUUCUCCAUGCAACUCCACUGCCCAUUUUCACGAAUCCUCUUCUUCUUUUGGGCUCCCAGAUUAUCCCUGCAAACAACACAAGAAUCACGGAGAUGCCCGCGGGGGGACGAUGAAGAAGAAAUCAUCAUCCUCAUCAAGCUCCAGCUCCGGGAGAGCCGCGAAGCUGUCGACUGAUCGGCAGAGCGUGGCGGCCCGAGAGCGGCGCCACCGGAUCAGCGACCGGUUCAAGAUCCUCCAGAGCCUCGUCCCCGGCGGCUCCAAAAUGGACACAGUCUCCAUGCUUGAAGGGGCCAUUCACUAUGUUAACUUCCUCAAAGCUCAGAUACGCCUUCACGAAACCAUCAUCGACUCCGUUUCCGGCGAUCAUAAUUAUCAUAAUUAUGUUCCCAAUAACCACAACGGCUUCUUAGUUGGGACUAGCGGCGAUUGUUAUUAUUACGAUGACCCUAGCGGCGGUUAUUCUCAGUUUUUAGGAGAUGCUACUGCGGCUAUUCACGAGGAUGAGUGGUUGCAGGCCCACGCCGCCGUUGCUCCGCCGUGCCCGCCGUCGCAACUGGCGUUUGUGGAGGGUGGAGCUCCGUUCCAAGCCGAGGAAACCAUGUACUAUGAUGAAUCUAUGUACUACUAGUUUAGGUAGCUUGGAAGUGUAGUGAGUCUUAGUCGUCUGUGUACAAAGUUCAAUAAUUAAUUAGAAUGUAAAAUUCUACUUUCUCUGAGUCUCCCACCUGAGCAGUUUUUUCA